AUGGAUGAUCUCAAAAAAAAUUUGGAACAUAAUAUGGAAAUUGUCUUAGAUGAAGAUUCUGCUAUAACUAUUACAACUCAGACGUCUAGAUCCUCAAGAACUUCAAGAUCUAAAGGACCCUCUAAAUCAACUAUUUUACAGAAUAAACAAAAAGAAAAGAAGAACUAA